UCAAACACUGACUGGGGAUCAUGUCGUUCUUAGUCUGCAGUACAGUUCACACCGUGUUUACCGCGACAAACGCGUGCUUCUCACCUUAGCUGAGCACAUCGGUACCGAAGCUUGCUGGACGAAGCUCGGCAAUCGAACAUUACAGACUUUGCAGCCCCGGCAAGUCGGGUGUUGAGUCGGGAGCCUGCGCGAUAGCUCACUGGCAAUUUAUCACCCACCACGGUGCAGCCACAAGAAUUUCGACCAAAUCCUGGCCACCUAUCGCGAACAUGGGGAUGGCAUUUUCUUCGCUGUGGAACUCCCUAUUUGGGCAGAAGGAGUUGAAAAUCUGUAUCCUGGGCUUGGACAAUGCAGGCAAGACUACCCUGACAUACAGAAUGAAGCUCGGAUCGGUCAUCGCAAGUGCACCAACGAUUGGGAGUACUGUGGAGGAAUUCGAGUACAAAAAUCUCAAGUUCAUCCUGUUCGACGUCGGCGGCCAAACGUCACUGCGGGCUUCUUGGUCCACCUACUUGGCCUCAACAAAUGCAGUCAUCUUUGUGAUUGAUUCGACCGACAGGGCGCGAACUCAGCUCGCUCGGCAAGAACUACAUAGAGUUGCGGCGGACGAGCAAGUAUCAAAGGCUCCGAUAUUGGUAUUCGCAAACAAACAAGAUGUCAUGGGUUCAAUGACGCCUGCUGAAGUAUCAGAUUCGCUCGCGCUCACUACUUUACCCGUGUCAUGGCACAUCCAAGGGUGUUCUGCGCUGACUGGAAAAGGCAUCAAUGAUGGCUUAGAUUGGCUAGCGGGCAAGCUUGGUGCUUCCAGUUGAUCACUUGAACAACAUCAAACAUACCGCACAUCAGCAACACUCGGUGCAACGCCGAGUCGGAAGAAUACACCAAGUUGUCCACCAUGUAAAUUCCGUUUCAAUCAUUUGUACUUCACAACGCAUCUCAAACAUUCACU